AUGUUUGCAAAUACCCUUAAAUCAAAGUCUGCUAUGUGCACUUCAGACACAUCUACCUGUAAAUUGUUUGAUUUGCAAAUUUAAACUGUGGAGCAGAUGGGUAAAUCAAGGGAAAAUGGAGGGCUCUGUAUAUGUGUGUAUAUUUGUGAAUAAAAUGUAUGCUUUUAAUCUCCAGCACUCUUUGAGAUCUUGGCUGUAUUGCAUCAUUUGCCAUUUAACUUUAUGUACAAAGAGAAUAAAGAAUAAAUGGUGUUGCAGAUCUUAAGAAUUUUUUUUUAAAUUGGACAUUUGAUGAGUAUAGAUUUACUAUUGUAAAAAAAUCAGAGUUUUACCCAACCCCUUUCUCAGUGGAUUGAUGCGGUUAGUCACUGACCUCUGCUAAAUCUUUGAAGGGUGACAGCACACCUAUAGAUAGAGUAAUGAGGAGGCCAUGAGAGAUCCUACUCCUUAGUGUGAAAUUCUGUUCAUUUAUACAAAGCCGCCUACCCAUUUAAAGCUUAUUUAUGGUCUUGCCCUUUAUGAGCCUUCUUAUUUUUCCCACACUGCUUCUCAGGCAACAUGAGUCUCUUCAGAAUCUCCUCCUACCGUCGCCAGUUUGAGGAGAAAACCUGGAUUCCCAGCCCAAUAAUUAACCCUGGCUGUGCAUGGCAGUAUCAGUCUGUCAUAAGUGGUGGUGCUGCCUUGAAUUCAAAAGUACCAAACUUUGAAGUUUCUCGCGCUCUUACUCAUGAAAGCCUUUCAAGAUGCAUGAGAGACCGCACUCUGAUUGCUGAUCUGAAUGACCGCCUGGUUAGACUUAUUGAAACAGCUCGGUGCCUCGAAGAAGAAAAUCAACUGCUGGAAGGUGAGGUCUUUGAGAUGCAGAAGAAGCUCAAAAGCCAUGAUGCCUUUUCUACCACUCCCAGCAGACACACUAUGUUGGAUCUGAAUGAUGUAAUAGAGAGGCUCCAGGCUGAAAAGGAGGAGAUACUUUGCAAUAUUAGUGCUCAGCAGAAACCACUUCAGGCAUGGCAUGACAAAUAUGAGCAGCUGUUGCAUCAGAGACAUUUACUGGAGGAAGAGCAUGAGGAUAUUGCUGUGCAACUUGACUUUCUGACAGCAGAGUGCUUGGCAUUGCAGGACCAAGUUGGAAUCUAUGAGGAGCAGCGGAGACGGAUGGAAAACAAACACAACCAGCUUGUGGAAGCACUCACUGUUCCUGUCAGUGAUGUCCCUGAAGUCAAGGUUGAAUUCCCAGCACCAGACGCGACUGACGAUGUAUUGAAUAUCAAGUCAUAUUACAGUGAGCUGGCUGCAGAUCUACAGUUUGAGAUGAAACCAUCUGUAUUGAUACAGGAUAAAGAACAUAAGAAACCAGAUACAAUCAAUCGAGAAAUGAAAGGCAUGAAAAGCGUACCCGACAUCAACAACAUCCGCAAGCUGAUCAGUGCUUUGGAAAAUGAAUUAAAAAGUUUACAAAUCUGUGGUAAAAAACUGGAGAGUGAGAUGGAGAGGAAGGCCCUUCUGCAUGAAGAGGAAAUUGCAGACCUUCAGGGCAAUAUUUCUGAUCUGAAGGAGAGUAAGAUUGUUCUCCAACAAGAGAUAAGAGGGCAACUGGAGGACAAUGGGCAACUGCUGAAUGAGAAGAUGGCUUUGGACAUGGAGAUUGCUGCCUACAGGGGUUUGGUCAGUCAAGAGGAGGAAUGGCUUUGUUAUAUGUAAUGAUUUUAAAAGAUUUUGUAACAGAAACAUGAGUGCUUUGAAGUUGUGUAAGAAGCUAGUGUUUGAUUUCUUUUGUGCUUAAAGUGUAAGGCAGUCAACUAUGUGUCUGUAUUAUGUGAACAGUGUUGUAAUUUUCUGUUUCAGAUCUCUACAUAGCUGUUUAAUGAAUUGUUUUGCACCCAUCAUUUUACUAAACUCCUCUGAAAUCAACCUUUAAGUUCACACAUCUACAUGUAGCCCUGCCAUCAUUACUUCACUUCCCUGUUACUUCACAGUGAACUGACAUGCUUCUUCUAUUAAGCUGUGCUGUUCUCUUCCUGUUCCUAUAAAGGAAUCUCAGCUUUUUAAUGUCUUUUGGACAUGAUAAGGCUUAACAUACCAUGGGGAAGAGUGAUCCAGCCAUGCAAUAUAGGACAUGAUAUUUUCUGCUGAAAUUUACUCUUGCUUGGUGGGCACCAGAUUUAGUAGGUGGUCACAAAUCCAAUCACUGAAUGUACAGGUAUGAAGAGUGAGGGAUAAGUCUCAUCUUUAAAAUGUCAUGAUCACUGUAAAAGAUUGCCACAGUGAUGGACUACACAUUACUCCAUAUUUAUGGAGGAACUCUGAUAUCUCUAGGUAGCCCUGCUGGAUUGAUGAAGUGGCUUGGUGUUACUGACAUUCUCAGACCUUCUUAAUUGUAUUCAUUGUCAAGGGGGGUUCAGUGUCUACCCUAGCAGCAUUGGCAACAAGGCAGGAACCAAUCCUGGACAUGGCUGGAUCCCCACACCCAAUGUUUCACUCUCCAUCAUCGUUUCAUAAUAUUAUGCAUUAUUGUGCAUUUGUAUUUCAUGUCACUAUCCAGUCCUCUUAUUAACUGCCCUCUUAUUUCAUUCUCCUGCUUGUGGCCUAGUAGUUCCCUCUCCUCCUGGUCUGUUACUUUAAACUUUUUCAGUCUGUUAUUUCAAUCUCCUGUAUUCCCAUUCAAUAUUUUCGUGCUCAUUAUUUUCUUCUCUGUCCAAAGCCAGAAUAUUUCUUUCCCAUGCACAGUAUUUUAUUUAACUUUUACUGUAUAUUGUUGAUUUAAAUUGAAUUCAUCAUGUCAAAGUUAGACUGCACUUAUCUAUUUUCCCUAGGUGAUCUUCUUGUUCACUUUGUGUUUUGUCAUUUGUAAUGUGGUACAUACUGUUCUUUAUUAUACUUUGUUCACUGUUAUUUUUAUUUUCAUUUUUGCUAUGAUGGAUUGAUGCAGUCCUCCACACUAUGCAUCUGUAAGUUGUGACACUGUUUCCUGUGAUACAGUACAAUGUUUUCUCACAUGCAUGUCCAUUGGAGCUGAUGUACUUAAACUGCUAAUGAGCUCUGAGCAAAUAUAGAACUUUGAAAACUUAAGAAGUCCAUUUGAAAUAUAUUAACACUGCUGUAGACUAUAACUGUCUCCAGUUAAAACAGAAUAAAUAU